AAGGCAUCAUUUCCGUAUGAAAACAAAGAAGGUUUCGCACGAUAUAACAACAUAUUCCAAAUGGUAUAAGAGGGAUUACAGUUAGAGCAUACAACGCAGCCAUGGUAAAGUCUUCCGCUAUGAACGGGGUCUUGUUGGUAUCCAUUCUGUUACUAAUGCUGUUUUCUGACACUGAUGGACAAACCUGCAGCAUUGUUACUGAUAAGAACAGCGAGGAUUUACAAAAAGCUCUGGAAGUUGGAGACAAUAUGUUAUUCAUGAUACUUUCAUUCAGCAAUGCAAGUCGGGAUAUUCCUACUUCUGUAGACUACCCUCAGCCUAUGACUUGGGUCCACGUGUCGGGAAAUCAUGGCAAGGGUUUACUUUGGCUCAGACAGAGCUUUGAGUUGUUAUCACUGACGAGUCUGAGAUACGGUGUUGCCAGAUUUGAAAUACAGCUAUCCGAUAAUCCAGAGGGAUGUUUAAAUACCAAAUCGACACCGGAAGUUGCGGUAGAUGUUCGAGAUUUCAUCCUCAACAACCUCGCUGAUUCCAACACCAACAACACCUGGUCAGGCAGUGAAAUAUGCAACGCCAGGUUUAGAAAAGGUGAAACUGGUACCGAAGUGUACUUUGUGUGUUGCUCAAAGGAUGAUGUUCCCACGUGCUAUGAACUAAAACGUAAUGACUGGAUGGAUGUUUUCUUUCUAUGUAUUAUCGUGUUACCACUGGUAGCUCUUAUGUUUGCCCCAUUGCUGAUACCGUUCGAUCUUUUCCGGGACGACAUUAACGACUUCGUUUUUCAGCAUAAGUUGGACUCACAGCUUCAUGUUCACGUUACUAAACGGCCAGUUGAUCAUCAUGAAGAAAAAACGCAGAUAGAGAUUCCACAAACGUAUUUCGCAAACAUGCCAAGUUUCAGUAACACUUUGGCUACAUUAAAUGAAAACAUCAAGUACGACUGUACGCUUGAGAAGAUCCACUUUUAUGUGGAUAAAGAUAAUUUAAUCGGCAAGGAUGAUGAUCCGUUUGGGCCUUUUACAAUGCUUUACGACAUGCUUGCACGGUACGAACUUAGGCGACGUGAAUUUAGCGAAGGAAGGUCAUGCCAAGAGUAUUUUCGUAUCCUUUAUGGAAAGAUAUUGAAUACAGCGUACUUACUACUGAUUAUCAUCCUAGUCAACAUUCCUGUUAUCAUCAGAUUAGCAGUUUUCUUUGCGUACGUCGAACCCCAAUGGUUUAUUGUCAACAGCUUAGAGAGACUUCAACUGAAUGCUGAUCUCCUACAGUACAACAGCUUCGGAGUCAGCGUUAUUCCACGCCUGGAAUUGUAUCUUACAUACCUAGUUCUCAUCGGUCUGUUUCUGCUUGUUCAGUUCUUUAAGAUUCGAGGGACACAUCGAGUAGAUGUUGUUAUUGAAAUCCUGAAACAGUGCCUCCGGGAUUCGCGUAAAAGGCGGAUUAAGUUAGCAUUCCAGACGAUAUAUAAAGCGUGUAAUUCGGUCGUCACCGCGAAGACCAUGCUAGGCCGAGUGCUUGCUCUGGUUUAUUUUGUACUGUUUCUUCCUUUUGUUAUUUUUAGCUUCGUCUUUUAUCUUUUGCCUACGGUUAAUCUGACUUGUUCUGUUCCGAUCUAUCUCUUCACGUUUGUGUUGUCCAACAAGUGUGGAUGUCUUUCGAGUAGUAGAUGCGUACGAGCAGUCGCAAAGUACCUCUCAGAUGGGUUAGGGUUGAAUCCUAUCAUUCUAUAUCAAACUGACGGAGUAGAUGAAGCAGACGAUGUAAAUGACGAAGAGAGAAGUAUACUGUGCUCACCUGCCGAUAUGCUGAUCAUACUUAUUCUAAUCUGCUCAUUGCCUUUGCUUAUCUUCGUAGUGCUGGAUUGUAUGUCGUUCUAUAUAGAUAUAUCUAUCUACGUCCUGAUUGGUCUACUCCUCAAUGCAUCAUUUACAACAAAAUAUGUUAUUUUAUCGCUCAUGCUGGCCUUUUAUAUCCGCGAUUUAUUUCAAGGUGUGACAACUCGCUAUAUUAAGUUCAAUAAUACCAUCAUUACAGAAGCAAUGAAGAAAACAAAAGGAGACAUUUUUAGAGUAUCUCUGCUCAAUGAAAAUCUUCAGAAGAAUACAGCUUUUCAGUUGGUUGACGAGACACCUAUAGGGAACCCUGAUUCGGAGCAAGCGAGCGUCAUGCCGACGGAUAACUUCUGCUUAGUACAUGAGGAUGGAACUCUGUCGUGGAAAACAAAACGGUUGUUGUUUUUUCUUGACAGAAAAGACACGCCCUUCAUACCAAGAGAAUUUUUCUCAGAAGCGUGUGUCUUUGACUGUUUGGGAAUUCCCGGACCACUCGGGCAGAAUCUCUUAGAUGUUUUCAACAGCAUCUUGAGGAUCUUUUUCUUCCUAUUCUUCAUCAUGGUUGUUGCUCUGUCAUUCGGUGAGGAGAGUGAUUCUAUUGGUACUAAUCAAACGCUGACAGCCAUCGCGGGGGGUCUAAUUCCCUGGUUAUUUAGAAAGUAUUUACAAGCUCCUGAGGACAUAGGGGUCGACAUUGAAAACCUCCAUUUUCGUGAAGUGUUAAACGAUGCUAUCAGAAAAUACGAAGAGGAAUGGACUGUAGCAGAUAUUGAGAUAACAAACGUCCAGGUGUCUGCAGACCAAGCAAUCACUGUUACAGACAUAGAAGGUCGUGAAAUGAGUGACAAGUCUGAGUCAAAUCUUUCAAAGCCCGAAAGUUUUAAUUCUUUCUCUGAAACAGUUGAGUCAGAAUCUGACACAAAGGAGGAAUUGCCAAGCGGCAACAGAGAAAGCACUUCUCCAAAAGAACAUGUAUAUGAGCAACAGACUAAAGUAACUUCUCGACAGUUUUCUGUUAGUCCGGAUCAUUUAAUUAUUCUAGUGAAUAAGAAACCAGCGAGAGCUGUAGUGGUUUAGGCCGUUACAAACGUCAUUGUUAAAGCUAUACUUUACAUUAUGAUCAUGUGAAGUGGUACUAUCUGACGAUCAUUAAAGUUAAAGAAACUCGAAUAUAUUUCAGAACUAAAAUGGGAUGUUGAAUAUUAAUUAAUCUUUAAGAAUACGAGAUUAUUUCUAACCUGUUUUUUUUUAUAUAACUAACCAAUGUUUUGAAUUUCCUGUCGUGAUUGUGUGAAAAUUAUCAUCUGUGUGUACAUUCCUUGCUAUCUAGGUAUUCAUAUAAUCUAAAAGACAAUUUGUCACUAUGAUCAUGUCAAAGUAUCUGCGCAUUCAUCACAGCGUCAAGGAAGCGUUCGUUCGACGUCGACUUGGUGUAGUGGUGUUAGCUGCAUGUGGUUCUGGCUAUGGGAGUAGGUGUCGUAUAUGAUGAGUUCCAGGGCAAGAGUCUUUCUUCGUCAUUUGUGUUGCUGUGUUAUAUAUAUAUACUUAUAAACACAAUGUCAUCUAGACUAUAUGUUCCUGAUCCAAUUGUUUGAGAUCUGAAAUUUCUAUCGUUAUUACACUGUGUUCAAUAUAUAUAUUCCCCUGGUUAUAUAGACAAUUGUCCUCAAUGGUAAAGGUUGGUAUAAGUGAGGUGUGAGAGGUCUAACGAGGUCUGAUGUUCACCACUGUAAAGAGGUUUGAAACUUACGUUAAUCAACAAUGACACGGAAGGAACUAUCAUCAAAGUGUUGUAUGAGCAUAAUACUGAAUGGUGUUAUAGGUUAGCCCGGACGGAAUAGAAAUGCAGCUGACAGGUUUAGCGACACUCAUUUUUUUUUUGCCUUUCAAUUUUAGCUCACUUGUCCUUCGGGCUUAUGUUAUGGUGCAGUGUCCGUCGUCGUAAGUCGUUGUCAGAAAGCCAGAUGUAAGUUAAAGAAAAAUGUUUAUUGUAAUGCAUGGUACUGACUGGUAGAUCCGAGACUGAGAAACUAUAGCCAAUAGAACGACAAUAGAGCGUUUUGCCAUAAUCAAUGAAACAACCAGGUGAGCGACACAGGCCCUCUUGGCCUCUUGUUCAUCAAGCAAUACGUUCUGAGAUUUACCAUUUGAUCAAAUGUAUUCUAAUAUUUAAGUCCAUUGAUACAAAGCUUUUGUUUUAACUUGUCCAAGUGCCUUUGAAUCUUCUAUAUUUUUUCAAAGUAUUUUUUUGUUUUAUUUUUGUAUACAAUAUUUUAACCGAUUAAUGUUAUUAUUUGAUAUUGUCAUUUUGAACUUUUGUUUUCUUUUAUAAAUUGGAAUGUUUAUUAAACAAUAGAACCACAUUGAACUGAGACAAACGUAGAGAAAUACUCCAGGUAUAUUCAUGACCAUUGUCUGCAGUAUUUGAUCUGCCUUGCUCCAAAGUUACUCAUUAAAUAUGAUAUGUUGGUUAUAUUUUUGUAAAUGGAAUGUUUAUAGAACCACAUUGAUACUCGAGAAAUAUCCGUGAACGUUUGUAGUAGUUACUCACGGACUUACUUGGUAUUCAAUAAGACUUUUCCUUAAAUUUUAAACUUAAAUCUUUGUUGUUUUAUGAAUCCUUGUUUUUACAUUUCUCUCUUCCAAAUUGGAUAGUAUGCAUCAUUACAGACGCUGUGCAGCGAUGAAUAAUAUAUGUCAUAUUACUCAAAUCAUUAGAUUUGUACCUUCUUUAAAUUGUGUAUCGAUAAAAGUUUAUACUAAAUUGCUUUAACUUUGAAAGGACUGCCUGUUGUUAUAGGUAUACUGUUUUCAUGUUAUCCCAUUAAAAUUGAACUCGUGGGUGACGUUUUUGAUGAAUUAAUACAAUUAAUAUAUUAAUGACCAUCGGAUAUGUUCACUAUCGUCGGCGUUCCAUUGGUGAGAGCAGUACUAAAAAGGUCAGAAAAAAGGCUGUAUAUCGAUUUUGCUUAUGCAUUAUGUAAAUCAUUGACCGCGUCGACAGAAAAUAAUCAAAAUAAAAUGGUAUCAUUGUUUGUAAGGCAUGAUGACACAUUUGGGUGUCAAAAUUUCGUCUGUCAUUCACUAACUGUACGUUUAACGAUAAUUGAUUUAAGCAAUUGUUUUAAUUGAGGAAGCAUCCUAUUUUGUUUUUCAUGUAAUAUGUGCCUCGUGAAAUACACAAAUGCAUGGAAAGUGUUUUUAUUUUGCAUAAUUACAUAUGUAUUAUAAUUGAAUGAACAUGGAGGAUAUUACACUUGUGGUUAUAUGUCAUAUGGAAUUCAUUAAACGAGUCCAAUAAGUUGAUAUGACAUAAGCAUUUAAGCGUGUGGCAUAUCAAAUUAUUGAACGAAUUUAAUUCAUGACAUAACCACGAGUGUAAGAUUAUAUUUAUCACAUAAAUACUAUUUAUACUAAGUAAAAACUGUCAUGUUCUUUUUUUUAUAUAAGACAAUCGAAAUCACCUAGACAAUCAUGCGAUGUCACAUUUUUAUUAUGGCGCCAAUACUUCUUUCAGGUUGAAAGGUUUGAAAGUAUAAUACACACCAAAAAUUCAAAGUAACUAAAAAUAUCAUUUACCAUCAAUUUUAAAACAUCAAUUCUUUGUUCAGCAGGGCUCUUUCUCACUGGUUUGGAAUGGGGCCUUUUUGUCUCAUUUUGGGAAGAAAAUUGAUUUUUACAGGAGUAAGCUGAAAAUUUUGGGAAUUCGGCUUAAAUCUGAAAUAAUUUCAAUUGGGAAUGGACCCAAUUAACAGCCCCCAAAAUCUCUCAGAAAAAGCCCUGGCUCAUCACCAGUAUUUCUUUUGGAAAAUGAGCGAAUUUGGAUUUGUGUAGAUAUCAAACAUGUUAGUAUUAUUAUAAAAUCAUAUUUUUCACACUU